AUGACUUCAGAUAAUCUUACCCCUACUACUAAAUCAACUCCGUCUGAGAAUCCCGCUGGUUCAACCGAGACAUCCUCAUCUUCCUCAUCAACUGCAAAAUCUAAUCUUGAUAAUGAUGUGAGUGAAAGUGGUUCUAUUUCGUCAUCUACUAGUAUAGAUUCUACUCCGAUCACACCACCUCGAUCAACUACUCCAUUACAACUUAAUUAUUCGGAUUCAACCAUUACCCCUACUGAACCACAAACUCCUCCUCCAAGUCAUUCUAGAGAUGGUUUGAAUUUCCUUGAUGGUUCCGGAAGUAGUAAUGAUAGUUCAGUUAAUACAUCACCUUUCAAAUUACCUCAGUCAAUACUAAAGAAUCUCACUCCUACUAAAGCUCGUCGAAGUAAUUCGGAAAAUCAUAGUCAUCAUCAUCAUCAUCACCAUCAUCAUCAUGAAUUAAGUAAGAUUAGAAGAGAAGGGAUCUUGAAAGCCAGACGGGAUAAACUAAUUAAGAAAUCAAAGCGUAUUCAUGAAAAACUAGAUCAAUUAAAAAAGAUUAAUCAAUCAAUUCAACAAAAUCGUAUUCAAAGAUUAACUACCGAUUAUCAUCGUGCUGCCGAAAGAAGACAUAAAUAUCUUCAAGACAUUAAACGAAGAGCAUCAACUGGAGCAUGUAUAGUGAAUGCCAGUCUUAUUACCAAUGAAAAGAUCAUGAAUGAUAUAGAACCUACUCCAUCGAGCUCAAAUAGUCAAACUUCCACCGAGUCAACUGCCAACAAUGAACUGAAAUUUCAACAAUAUGUCCAUGAUAAAGAAGUCAAGGAGAAAUCAGUUCAUAUCCUUAAAUCUAAAAUAUUAACAAAAUAUGAACAUCUAUCUCCAGGAGAAAUUUUUGACCAAUUUGGAAAGGAUAAACCCAUGGCAAAAGAUAUAACAUUCAUCUUACAACAUUAUGGCGUUCCUCAUACUUUUGAUUCCUGUCGAUUAUUCUUUGGAGCAUUUAUAAUGGAACCUGAAUUUAAUAAGUGUGUUGGCGAACAUUUCCGGUCUAAUCCAAUGUUUAAUUCCAAUUUACCUAAUCAAGAAUCAAGAAAUUAUCUAAAAUGUUUUAUUUGGUUAUUAUUGUAUAAAUUCAGUCAUGAAUUAAUCAUGGAUUUUGAACAAUUAUUAAUUAAUGGUGAUGAAGGAGAUAGUAAGGCAAUGUUCAUAAAAACUUGGAAAUCGUAUUGUUUUGUGUUUAAAAUCUUUAAACAAUUAGAUUAUCAAGAUCUUAAUAAGAUGAUUGAUUCAGCUAUAAAUACGGUCAAUACUCAACUUGAUUUAAUUGGGAAUGAUCUUAUGGAUCAAGAAGAUGAAGCAAUAGAAGACUCUGAUGAUACUGAUUACUAUCAAGCUAUUACCAAUCAUAAACAAAAUUUCCUUAAAGAAAAGAAACAAUUGAAUUCAUUAUAUGAUCAAUCUAAACAAGAUGAAUUUUUCAAUGAUGAAGAGAGUCAAACGUUUUUAUUAUCGCUUAAUCAUGAAUUACAAUUCAAUCAAUCUUUAACAUCUUCCUCUGAUGCACGAAGAUUACAUCGGAAGAAAUUUCAUAUUCCGCAUCUAAAGUAUUUAACUUCGAUAAAUUGGCGUCAUUAUUGGUUUAAAGCAUAUUUUUCCCAAUUACGUAAUUCAAACAAGACUCAAUCUCAUAUCAGUAUGAAAACGGGGAUUUUAAAAUUAUCCAUGACAAACUCAAAUUCAAAUUUGGUCAACGACUUUAUUGAUAUUAAUGAUGUUUAUAAAUCAUUACACAUCCUUAAAAGUGAUUAUUCACAUAGAGUAAAUUGGUCAUCAAGAUCUGAAUUACGAGAUUUGGUACACAGUUUAUCGAUUGAUUUAUAUCAUUAUUAUUGUAAGACCAAUAAUAUAUCGAUUCUUCUGCAAUUUCAUUCAUUAAAUAGUGUGGCUGAGGGUGUGAGUUAUAUUCAGUAUAUUAAACAAAGUUUGUUAGAUAUUCAACGUACGAUUGAGAAACUAAAUCCUCGGGAUUAUAUUCUUAAAGAAUAUCCUCAGAAAUGUCUUGAUAUUAUUGAACAUGAUCCUGAACUUGCAUUACAAGAUAAUAUGCUAAUAUUUAGUCAUCAUAUUCAAGAAUUUGAAACUUUGGUAUCCAAUAUAUUAUUCAAUGCUUAUAAGAUUAAUUCAUUUCAGAUUUUAGUGGAAUCAGAAACUUAUCAUAUCAUUGAAGAUUGUCGGAAUGCAAAUGUUUUAUAUUCGAAACAUUUUGUUAAUUCACCUCAUUUAUUAUUUCCUCGAUUUUAUAAAUUCUUAAAAGUAUUCAAGAACAAUAAUCACCUUGAUUUGAAUAAUUAUUUACAUAUUUUAGAAUCGACUUCAUAUAAUUUCAAGAAAGAAGUUGAUUCGAAAGCGUUAAAUUAUUUUCAAAUGAUUUAUUUUGAUGUGUUGGUUUAUACUGUUGGAAAGUGGGAUAAUGAUGUGAUAUGUGAAGAUGAAUUGAAUUUAUUCUAUUGUGAUAAAAUGAUGAGUUAUCGAUAUGAGAUUAAAAAAUUCAUAAAGUCUAAUGUGUUGACAUAUAUAUUAUCAUCAUUUAACGUAUCUGAUUUGAAUAAUUGUUUUAAUAAGAUCUUGGAAUCAUCCGGAAAAGUCUAUAAAAGAAGGGUAUCAAAAUUUGAUAAUAAAGAUGGUUUUGAUUAUGAAGAAAUCAGGCUUAGGGCAUUUCUUAUGUCGGAGUUGAAUAUUGCUGAAGUUACAGUUGAUUCUAUUAUUCAUGUUUAUAAACAUUCAAAUCAUCUUGAGUCUGUAUUCAUGAGUAAAUUCACGACAUUAUUAAAGGAUUUCACAGCCACACCAUAUUCUCUUAAGAUGAAUCAAGCGUUGACUUCGGUGUUCCCAUGGUGUAAGUCGGUUACAUCAUCAUUAAUUAUGAAAAUUCGUGAAUUGAUUGUAUUCUUUACUAAUGUGUAUGGUCAAAUAUUUACCUGGAUUUAUCAAGAUUUAGGUAGGCCUUAG